CACACACACUCUCUCUCUUUUGUUGGCUAUAUAUAGCUGCGUUACUCGAUGCUGUUCUCUCCCUCUUUAGUUGCAGAAGCUAAAAGACUGAAGAACAAUAGUGGAAGAGAUGUCCAGCACAGCUGGUCAGGUCAUAAAAUGCAGAGCUGCGGUGGCUUGGGAGGCAGGGAAGCCAUUGGUGAUGGAAGAGGUCGAGGUGGCACCUCCGAAGGCCAUGGAGGUACGGUUGAAGAUCCUCUACACUUCCCUUUGCCACACUGAUGUCUACUUCUGGGAAGCUAAGGGCCAGACUCCUGUGUUUCCCAGGAUCUUUGGCCAUGAAGCUGGAGGAGUUGUUGAGAGUGUUGGAGAAGGUGUGACUGAUCUUUCCCCAGGAGAUCAUGUUCUCCCUAUCUUCAUGGGUGAAUGCAAAGAAUGUGCUCACUGUAAGUCCCAAGAGAGCAAUAUGUGUGAUCUGCUCAGGAUAAACACUGACAGAGGAGUGAUGAUAAGUGAUGGGCAAUCAAGGUUCUCCAUAAAUGGAAAGCCUAUUUACCAUUUCUUAGGAACAUCUACUUUCAGCGAGUACACCGUCGUCCAUGUCGGCUGUGUUGCCAAGAUCAACCCUUUGGCUCCUCUCGACAAAGUUUGUGUCAUCAGCUGUGGCAUUUCAACAGGUUAUGGUGCUGCUGUGAAUGUUGCAAAACCACCUAAGGGUUCAACUGUGGCUGUUUUUGGCCUUGGAGCUGUAGGCCUUGCAGCAGCUGAAGGGGCAAGGGCCUCAGGGGCAUCAAGAAUAAUUGGUGUUGAUAUUAAUCCUAAGAGAUUUGAGGAAGCUAUGAAGUUUGGUGUGACCGAGUUUGUGAAUCCAGCAGACUAUGACAGACCAGUUCAAGAGGUGCUUGCUGAAAUGACCAACGGUGGAGUCGAUCGCAGCAUUGAAUGUUCUGGCAGCACAAGUGCCAUGAUAUCUGCAUUUGAAUGUGUCCAUGAUGGUUGGGGUGUUGCUGUACUUGUUGGGGUGCCUCAUAAAGAUGCUGUGUUCAAGACACACCCUGUGAACUUCCUGGUUGAAAGGACUCUAAAAGGAACCUUCUAUGGAAACUACAAACCACGCUCCGAUAUCCCUGCAGUCGUCGAGAAGUAUAUGGCCAAGGAGCUGGAAUUGGAGAAGUUCAUCACACAUAGUGUGCCUUUCUCUGAGAUCAACAAGGCCUUCGACUACAUGCUCAAAGGUGAGAGCCUCCGGUGCAUCAUUCAUAUGGAUGGAUAGAGCUGUUCUGUACUCCUAAACAAACAAGCUUCAAGCAGAACCUGUUCAGAAUGAAAUAGAACAGGUUUUAUGCUUCUUUCUUUCCUUGAGAAAGCAGUCUCUCUGGUAAUUAGAUGAGACAACUUGUUGUAUAAAAUGGUAAAUAAAAUCAGUAGUUUUAUACUUCUUAUAUUUGAAAUUUCUAUUCUGCAAUGAGAUCUGCUUGUACUUCACUUGGCUAUUAAAUAUUGUCAAUAGUUUCUUCUGA